GGCAGCAGCCUCCUCCACCUCCUCCCGGCCGGAGCCUGAGCCUCACAGCGGGGCACGUGUGCCCGGAGUUAACUUCAGAGCAGGAGUCCCCAGAGCUGGGCCGAGGGGAUGAACCGCGAGGGUGCGGCCGGGAAGAGUCCAGAGGAGAUGUACAUCCAGCAGAAGGUCCGCGUGCUGCUCAUGCUGAGGAAGAUGGGGUCGAACCUCACGACCAGCGAGGAGGAGUUCCUGCGCACCUACGCGGGGGUGGUCAGCAGCCAGCUCAGCCAGCUGCCCCAGCAUGCCAUCGACCAGGUCAACAAGCACAAGCCCUGGCUGGAGCCCACGUACCACGGAAUCGUGACUGAGAACGACAACACAGUCCUGCUCGACCCUCCCCUGAUCGCGCUGGAUAAGGACGCCCCUCUGCGCUUUGCAGAGAGUUAUGAGGUGACAGUCACCAAAGAAGGUGAGAUUUGUGGCUUUAAAAUUCACGGGCAGAAUGUCCCCUUUGAUGCAGUGGUAGUGGAUAAAUCCACUGGUGAGGGGCUAAUUCGCUCCAAAGAGAAACUGGACUGCGAGCUGCAGAAAGACUACACAUUCACCAUCCAGGCCUAUGACUGUGGAAAGGGUCCCGACGGCACCGGCGUGAAGAAAUCUCAUAAAUCAACUGUCCACAUCCAGGUGAAUGAUGUGAACGAGUAUGCGCCAGUGUUCAAGGAGAAGUCCUACAAGGCGACGGUCACCGAGGGGAGGCAACACGACAGCAUCCUGAGGGUGGAGGCCGUGGACGCAGACUGCUCCCCUCAGUUCAGCCAGAUCUGCAGCUAUGAGAUCGUGACUCCCGGCGUGCCUUUCGCCGUGGACAAAGACGGUUAUAUAAAGAACACCGAGAAGCUGCACUAUGGCAAAGAGCAUCAGUAUAAGCUGACCGUCACGGCCUACGACUGUGGGAAGAAGAGGGCUACAGAAGACGUUCUGGUGAAGAUCAGCAUCAAGCCUACCUGCACGCCUGGGUGGCAAGGCUGGAGCAACAGGGUUGAGUACGAGCCCGGCACCGGCGCUCUGGCUGUCUUCCCGAACAUCCACCUGGAGACGUGUGAUGAGCCAGUGGCCUCGGUGCAGGCCACAGUGGAGCUGGAGACCAGCCACAUCGGGAAGGGCUGCGAUCGGGACACCUACUCUGAGAAGUCCCUGCACAGGCUCUGCGGGGCUGCGGCAGGCACUGCCGAGCUGCUUCCCUCCCCCAGCAGCUCCUUGAACUGGACCAUCGGCCUCCCCACCGACAAUGGCCACGACAGCGACCAGGUGUUUGAGUUCAAUGGCACUCAGGCAGUGAGGAUCCCUGAUGGUGUUGUUUCCGUCAGCCCUAAGGAGCCCUUUACGAUUUCCCUGUGGAUGAGGCACGGGUCUUUCGGCAGGAGGAAGGAGACGAUUCUUUGCAGUUCGGACAAGACAGAUAUGAACCGGCAUCACUACUCACUCUACCUCCAUGGGUGCAAGCUGAUUUUCCUCCUCCGUCAGGACCCUUCCGAGGAGAAGAAAUACAAACCUGCAGAAUUCCACUGGAAGCUGAGUCAGGUCUGUGACGAGGAAUGGCACCACUUUGUCCUCAAUGUGGAGCUCCCGAGUGUGACUCUGUACGUGGACGGCAUUUCCCAUGAGCCCUUCUCUGUGACCGAGGAUUACCCACUCCAUCCAUCCAGGAUAGACACCCAGCUCGUGGUUGGGGCUUGCUGGCAAGAGUAUUCAGGAGUUGAAAAUGACAAUGACACUGAACCUGUGACUGUGGCCUCCGCAGGUGGUGACCUGCACAUGACCCAGUUUUUCCGAGGGAACCUGGCCGGCCUAACCGUCCGCACCGGGAAACUGGCAGACAAGAAGGUGAUCGACUGUCUGUACACCUGCAAAGAGGGGCUGGACCUUCAGAUCCCCAAGGACAGCAGAGGCGUGCAGCUGCAGGUCCGUCCCAGUCCCAGCCAGUCAGUGUUGACCCUGGAGGGGGAUGACAUUGGGGAGCUAGACAAGGCCAUGCAACACCUGUCCUACCUGAACUCACGGCAGUUCCCCACACCGGGCAUCCGGAGACUCAGAAUCACCAGCAUGGUCAGGUGCUUUAAUGAGGCCGCCACCUGCAUGGAGGUCCCCCCAGUCGAGGGCUAUGUGAUGGUUUUACAGCCCGAAGAGCCCAAGAUCAGCCUCAGCGGUGUCCACCAUUUCGCCCGUGCGGCUUCUGAAUUCGAGAGCUCUGAAGGGGUCUUCCUCUUCCCUGAGCUGCGGAUCAUCAGCACCAUCACGAGGGAGGUGGAGCCCGAGGGGGACGGGGCCGAGGACCCCACAGUCCAAGAGUCCCUGGUGUCCGAGGAGGUGGUGCAUGACCUGGAUACCUGCGAGGUCACAGUGGAGGGAGAGGAGCUGAACCCGGAGCAGGAGAGCCUGGAGGUGGACGAGGCCCGGCUGCAGCAGAAGGGCCUGGAAGUGAGCCACUCAGGCCUGGGCGUGGUCCUCAGAGGUGUGGAGACCAUGGCCAGCUAUGAGGAGGUUUUGCACCUCCUGCGCUAUCGGAACUGGCAUACCAGGUCCCUGCUUGACCGGAAGUUCAGGCUCGUCUGCUCUGAGCUGAAUGGUCGCUACCUGAGCAAUGAGUUUAAGGUGGAGGUGAAUGUGAUCCACACGGCCAACCCCGUGGAACAUGCCAGCCACAUGGCCGCCCAGCCACAGUUUGUUCACCCUGAACAUCGCUCCUUUGUGGACCUGUCAGGUCACAACCUGGCCAGUCCUCACCCGUUCGCAGUUGUGCCCAGCACCGCCACGGUGGUGAUCGUGGUGUGCGUCAGCUUCCUGGUUUUCAUGAUUAUCCUGGGAGUGUUUCGGAUCCGGGCUGCACAUCAGCGAUCGAUGCGAGACCAGGACACGGGGAAGGAGAACGAGAUGGACUGGGAUGACUCGGCGUUGACCAUCACCGUGAACCCCAUGGAGACCUAUGAGGACCAGCACAGCAGCGAGGAGGAGGAGGAGGAGGAGGAAGAGGAGGAGGAGGAGAGCGAGGAUGGGGAGGAGGAGGAGGACAUCACCAGCGCCGAGUCGGAGAGCAGCGAGGAAGAGGAGGGCGGCCCAGGUGACGGCCAGAGUGCAGCCCGGCAGCAGCAGCUGGAGUGGGACGACUCCACACUCAGCUACUGAGCGGCCCCGCCUCGCGUCUGUGUACAAAGUCCUUGGCCAGCAGGUCUGCAGCCCGUGCCCGCCCGUGUUGGGGCAUAGCCCCACCCUCGCUUGCCCUCACCGCCCACUGCUCAGUGCCCAGAGCCGCAGUUCUCCCUCUGCUCCCCUGCCGCCCCAGAGCGCCCCGCUUCCCAUGCCUCCAGAAAAGCUGCAGUGACUGGACUUGGUGACAAAGGGUAAAAAUCGCUCGCUCCCUUGCGGUAAUUCUUUUUCUUUUUUUAAAGUUUUUAUUUUUUCCAAACUAGUGCAUGUAUAAAGUGGCAGAAUGGGGGUUAAUAUGUAGAUGACCAAUGACUUUUUAAUAUUUUGUAAAUAAAUCGGGAUUCUCUGUGUCCUUUGUGCUAGUGUAGUCCAGGACGGGAAGGUAAAGCGAAGCUGAGUAUGCCGGGCACGGGGCCCGGUGCUGUCCCCUCCCCGGCCCGCUUCCUCCUGAGAAGCCGCAGGGAGGGUGCAGAACGGUAGGCGUGCUGCUGGGGACCAGAUCAGGGGCCCUCCCUGGGGGCUGGGAGUCUAGAGUCUGGCCCCCUCUGUGUGCCUCCGAGUGCAGCCGUGCAGUUUACGCUUAACAGACACCGUCGUGUCCCUGCUUGUAGAAGUGUGUGAAUCAUAGAAGUCACAGCCGUGGUACAGAAUGUUGCCGCUUGGCUUGGAGCUGGCAGCAGGCCCGAGGGAGCUACGCACAGAACGGUCCCACUGUGUCUCCCUCUUCCCAGCUCCUGCCGUGCCCUGCUGGGUCAGAGCCGCACCCCAGAGCCAGGAGUCCUGCUGCUGCUGCUGCUGCUGCUGCGGGCCACGGCCAGGGCACAGCAGAGCAGGCAGUCGCUUCUGAACACAGCGCUGCUCUCCUUCCCGCCCAGUCCCAAGUGGAGGACGGGCACUGUACUGUCCCGUGCUGUGCGGCCACCCGGCUCAUCCUGUCCCUGUAGCUGCUGUCUAGAUGGGGCAGCGUCCUGCAGAGGCCUUCCCGUGUGUCCGCAGUGCCCGGCAUCCCUUCAGAUGUGUAUAUUGGCGCUAGGUGGGAAAGUGUGCACACUACAAUAAAGUUCUGGUUCUAACUCUC